UCAACAGUGAAAAUAAAAAAAGAUAUUUUUAUAAUCACUCCUUACAGGUUUUUAAACUGUUAGCUGUCAUUUGCGAAUCGAUUAUUUGGUGUAAUCUGAAACUUUGUUUUUAUGGGAAUAUUUGAAUUUGUGAUGAAAUCGAUAAAUCAUGUUGUGAAUGCGUAGACCCAUUCGGUGUGGUUCUGGUUUGCUAAUAUAUAAAGUGUAUAAGAAUAAUUAUGAUGUGGGAUGCGUCAUCGUUCUUAAGCUCGCUCACGCCUAAGUUUUAUGUAGCUCUGACCGGGACUUCGUCGCUCAUCUCCGGCCUCAUCCUUAUUUUCGAGUGGUGGUACUUCAAGAAGUAUGGAACUUCUUUCAUUGAACAGGUCUCUCUCAACCAUCUCGGGCCGUGGCUGGGCGGCAACGGUGACGGAGACCCGCUCGACCUUAAGGUCUGGAGGAACCCCAUGUCGCUCCUCCGCGGCGCCGAGUACGGCCGACUGUGGGGCGCCGUCCGCCGCGCGCCGCUCACCUACUACGACAUGAACCUCUCCGCACAGGAGCAUCAAGCGUGGUUCUGUAGCGGCGCGGGGACGUCCGGCGUGGACGAGACGCUGGCUCGAGCGUGGCGCGAGCGAGAGCCAGCUGCGCGGGUUGCGUGUGCUCGCGCCGCUCUCGCGCUAAGGCCGGACUGCGCAGCCGCCCUGCUGCUGCUGGCCGAGGAAGACGCGCCCACCGUCCUCGAGGCUGAGCGCGUCCUGCGGCGGGCGUGGCGUGCGGGCGAGGCGUCGUGGCGCUCGCUGGCGGCGGCAGGGUCGGCGGCGGCGGCGCGGCGUGAAGCUGCCGUGUUAGCGCACGUGAAGCGCCGCGCCGCCAUGUGUGCUCGCCGCCUCGGUCGCCUGCGAGACGCCGCCCGCCUCUUCCGGGAGUUGGCGCGGGACGCUCCGCCGGCGCUGAGUUCCCUCUCGUUACACGAGAACCUCAUCGAGGUACUCCUCGAGCAAAAGGCCUACGCCGACGUCCAGGCUCUCCUCGCUCGCUACGACGACGCGUGUCUGUCUUUGCCGCGCUCCGCGACCGUCUGCUACACGGCGGCACUGCUGAAGGCUCGCGCUGCCGCUAGCAGUUUCUCGACCUCAAACACAGCGCGGUCGCUGAUCGAGUCCGCGCUGGAGGCCGCACGCCGCGCCAUCGACUACAACGCCCACGUCCCCGAGUACCUCCUGGAGCUGCGGCCGUUGACUCUUCCGCCCGAGCACUACCUCCGGCGUGGAGACAGCGAGGCGGUGGCGUACGCGUUCUGGCAUCUCCGCCACUGGCGCGCGGUAGACGGAGCGUUGGAGUUGCUGAGCGUGGCGUGGACGGCAGCGGGGCGCGGCGCCUACGUGACGGCGUGGUCGUCGUGCGCGGACCGUGAGCUACUGCCGGCGCACCAUCCUCCCCCCCUGAUGCCCCGCGGUUACACUCCCGGUCUCCUGCCUCUGGCGGCGGCGCUCUGUGGCGCUGCAGCGCUGUUGGCAGCGCUCGCUCAGCGGUGGCCGUCGCUGGCGCUGGCCGCGCUCGACCCUCGCCGAGUGCUGCUCGCGUUGCUUGCGGCGCUCUGAACGAAACACGCGAGGAUAUAUCACUAUAAUUUCUCAAAAACUUAUGUACUAUGUAUUAAAAUGAAUCUUAACAGUUUAUUAUAAGCUCAAUAAACAGUAGUCUGACGUGA